AUGGACGCCUUCAGCGCUGCCAAGGCCAAGAUGGGGGCGAAGAGCGGCGGCGAGGCGGCGGCGGCGGGAGGGGCCGCGCCUCAGCCCGCCGUGCCGGCCCCCAGCCCAGCCGGUCCCGGCUCGCCCGCCGCGCUCGAGCCCGCUGCUUACAAGCUGGAGGACCUGGAGACCCUGGCUACCGUGGGCACAGGUACCUUUGGACGUGUUCAUCUGGUGAAGGAAAAAAUGGGCAAGCGUUACUUUGCACUGAAAGUAAUGAGCAUUCCUGAUGUCAUUAGACUGAAGCAAGAGCAGCAUGUGCACAAUGAAAAGUCUGUCUUGAAAGAAGUCAACCACCCUUUUUUGAUCAGAUUAUUUUGGACCAACCACGAUGAACGUUUUUUAUACAUGUUAAUGGAAUAUGUGCCAGGAGGAGAACUUUUUAGUUACCUGCGCAACAUGGGGCGUUUCAACAACAGCACAGGACUGUUUUACUCGACGGAAAUUAUUUGUGCAAUAGAAUACCUGCACUCCAAAGAAAUAGUUUACAGAGACUUAAAACCUGAAAAUAUAUUACUAGACAAAGAAGGACAUAUCAAGCUUACUGACUUUGGAUUUGCAAAAAAACUGGUGGACAGAACAUGGACUCUUUGUGGCACUCCUGAGUACCUUGCGCCAGAAGUUAUACAAAGUAAAGGCCAUGGAAGAGCUGUGGAUUGGUGGGCCCUAGGAAUUCUUAUAUUUGAGAUGUUGUCAGGGUUUCCUCCAUUUUUUGAUGACAAUCCAUUUGGUAUAUAUCAGAAGAUUCUUGCUGGCAAAAUAGAUUUCCCGAGGCAUUUGGAUUUAUAUGUAAAAGACCUUAUUAAGAAGUUGCUUGUGGUUGACAGAACAAGACGACUAGGAAAUAUGAAGAAUGGAGCAGAUGAUGUGAAGAGACAUCGAUGGUUCAGGUCUAUAGACUGGGAUGCUGUACCUCAAAGGAGGCUAAAGCCUCCCAUAGUGCCCAAAGUAUCCAAUGAUGGGGAUACUUCCAAUUUUGAAGCUUAUCCUGAAGAUGACUGGAACAAGACACCUCCAGUACCUCCUAAAGAUUUAGAAAUUUUCAAGAACUUCUGAGUGUAACACCUACACUGGACAAGAAACUGGAAGGACAUUGAAGUGCUAAGAGCAAGUCUGAAGAAUGUUGGAGUUCAGAUAUAAAGCAAGAUUUUUUUUUUUUGUGGCUAAGUAUGAUACUGCAUUCAGAUAUGUGUAUUAGUCUGUAAUAAAUGUCAAAAAAGAUGGAGGCAGGCAGGAAUAAUUUUUUGCUGUAAACAUUUGACUUUAGUUUAGUAAAUUGUAAUAAUGAUAGUCUGCUCUGAAGUAGACUAACUAAAAUGAUAUUUUUAGGAUUAUUUUUUUUAACUUAUGGUUGAAUUAAGUUUCCUGCUAUUCCCAGAUCCUUUUUUGCAUAGUUAACUCAUAGACUUAAUUUUAUAAGUUCAUACUAAACUUGUGUAAUUAAAAGCACAAAUUAGUAUAUAUGUAUAUAAUGAAUACAGUACAACUAAAGCACAGGAAUUGUGCGAAGAUGUAAAUUUUUGUACUUUGCAGAGUCUAUGAUUUUUAUUUUUCAAAUAAUGUUUUACAAGAAGUUCUUUAGGAAUAAAAGUCUUAAAAAAGGAUAAAUGAGUUUUUCAUCAUCUUAUAUACAUUUUCUAAUUCUUUGUAAAAAACAAAAAUAAUUACGUUUUAAGAAAGAUUUGUACCUAAAAUUUCCAAUGCCUCACACUUACACCCAUAGUACUUGAAAGCAGAAAGACAAGGGUAUGUUUUAUUGUUGUUUAAGAUGCAUCUUAAUGGCUAAUUUAUUAAAUUCUGUUACAAUUAUGUCUCUUUGAAAACCAAAAUUUUGAGUGAUAAUACACUGUAUGAAAUGAGAUUCCUCACAUGAAAACUCACUGUAAACUUGCAAGUCAGUCCAUCCUGAUAAAAGGGCUUUAACUGGCUCUGACAAGUUGUUCCCUCGCAAGUUUGUUGUCUUCUCCAAAUAUAAAGCAUGAGCCAUAACAGAGCUUUUUCAUUAGUGAAAUAAUUGCUGUUGAAUGCUGAGCACUUCAGAAUAUCAGAGGGAAGACUGAAUAUAUAGUACAGCCUUAUUUUUCUGCUCCUCCUUUUUUGAAAAUUUCCUAGUCCCUGCUGCCAGCAAUUUCAUAUUAGAGUUCAAACCUUAGAUGCACAGUCUCUAUUUUCAUCCUGUGCUAACACCUUUCUAGCAGCUUGAGUACACUGUGUUUUGGAAGUAUUUGCAAUAUUGCUUCAUUUUAAGUGGCACUAAAUAUCAGUAUGUGCACAUGUAUGGAUCUUUAUAUAUUAAUGCACAGAAACAUGAAGGUAGAUUGAAUACUAGGCAGAAUCUCUUUUUUCAGGUUUUUUUUUUUCCUGUUACAUAUUGUGAUACUUGUGUUAAUAUAAGGGAUUUGAUUUUGAAGUGCUUCAGUUACAAGAAGCAGUUACAUUCUUAGGAUAUUGUGGGUUUAGAUAUCUUCCAGUGAAGCUAUAGUAUUUAGACCAAAUUUGUUUUUUCUCAGAGCACAUCAGCUCUCUAGUGUUCUACUACUGUGACUUAUGGUUCUACAUAUUACUGUUUAAUUAGAUCAUACAGACAGUUUUUCCCAAAAACUACUCUCCACGUUUUUGAUCUGAAAGCAAUAAGAAAUAUAGGCUGAAGAUUUGUUUUUCUAAACUAAACCUUGAAUGCCUAAAAAGUAGGCAUUCUAGUAAUUGUUACUGAAAUUACCAUAUUUCUGAUUUUAUGGCAGAUCAGUUACUGGAGUCUCCUUGUGAAAAAGUUAUCUCAAUUUGUUUUGUUUAGGCAGUACAUAAGUGCUGUUGAGAACCUGUAUCUUCCUGGGGUAUUAUAUUAUUUCUUUAUAAAGCAAGUCUUAUCUGUAUAACUCGUGGCAAAGAUGGACAAUGUGUAACAGAAUCAGGAUAUUUCAAAAUGAUAAUCUGGAAUACCACAAAGCUGUCUUGAUGUUAUGCAGUUUGAUGGCCCCAGCUGCCACUCAGUAAAUACUGUAUAGGAAUGUAUAAUGAAAUACAGGACAAUCCAUAGGAAAUUACAGUUUUAACGUACUUCAAGUUCCUUGUUCUCAUGGAAAAAUUAAUCUAACCCACUAUAUUUGUAUCUGUGAAAUUAGUCGUUCUAAAUCAAUUGGAAAAACUUGAAACACAUAAAACACGGCUUACUUUGUGUAGGGGGGAGCAAACAGUUUGGGAGUCUUCGUAAUGUGCAAGCUUAGGGUAUUUUGUGGACUGAAUACUACAACAUCAGUUUCUUAUUUAAAAAUUUACAUACUGCAACAAGAAAGUAUGCUAAAUAUAGGAUUUUUCUUCAAAUUUCAAAGCUGUUCUGUGUUGAAGUCUUCAGAUCUGAGGAAAUGAAGUUGAAUUUGAGUAAUUUGCCACAGUGGCGGUUAGAAGUUUUGAGUGCUUGAACAACUGGAGAUAGUGGAUUUUCUUUUUAUGGAUCUUAUCCAUUGCUGGCAGUGGAUGAACUGACACUCAUUAUGAUGGAGACUAAGGAAGUGAAUACAACAUUAUUAAUAAUGAUAAUCCAUUGCCUUUACAUUGUUUCCGAGCCAUGUGUACAUAUACCUAACUACUGACCUCGUCAGCAUGCUUUCUAGUACAGAACUGCUUUCAAAUUUUUUUUUAAUUAAAAUACUGAACUAAAAAAUAAAACCAAAACAUUUUUGAAGCAUUAUUUUAAGUGAUCAGUUAUUUUCUCUACAGUCCUGGACUUAUUGUGGUGUCAUUACCUGGCUGUUUUAUUUAUUUGCACAAGUGAGUCUGCUUUAAGUCUUUACUGGGACUUCCUGGCCCAGUAAUGUAGUUCUGUCUGAGUGCUCAUGCAGGUAAACACUGCACUGGGAAUUCUGGAUUUGUGGAUUUUUUUAAGAAGACUAGAAGAUUUUUUUUUAGCUCCUAUUCAAGUAGGGUGUUCUCUGAGGUUCAUUUUAUUUUGAUUCUUUCUGUUAGUGUGUACUUUUGCCUAUAGACUGUUGCAUAAGGACUGUUGUCUUGCAAAAGAGCCAUAGGCCCUUGGUAUUCUACAUCAGUGAACAAGAAUGUUAAACAUUAAAAAACCAACCUUUAUUUUUGAGUUUUAGAUAUAUAUAUAUAUAUAUAUUUUUAACUGCCCAAUCUGAGGUUUUAAGUGAUAAACAUGAAUUGUAAACUCAAUUGCCUUGUAACCAAAUGAUAUAAAUGCUUCAUGAUUUCAAUGAAGAACAUGCUGUAGAUUUUCCUGUAAAUUAGCUUGAUCAAUGAAUAUGUGUGCUACUGAGCUUUAACUAAUGUGAUCUUCCACUGUAGAAAGUCAUUGUUAUGGAUCAAAUAUAGGUACUAAACUAUGUUUAAAUGGAUUAACAGGGAUUUUACAGUUUUGAAAGCAAUGAAGAUACGGCUGUUCCUCAGCCCAUCUGCUUGCCAUUCAGAAGAGUUGUGAUGCAGUGCUUCCUAUGCUAUAGAAAUAUUUUUCAGCUUUCAAUGACUGUAGCAUGAUUCCUUUUCGUACUGUACUGUGUACAGACUUCCCAUGUUUUGCACUUUUCUAUGGCAAACUUUGACUGCUUUAUAAAUACUCUGUUGUGUAGCAAGUAGUGAUAGUAGUAGCAGGCAUUUGUAUGCUGCAUAAUCAGUUUGGACUGCUCGACUUGUGAGGUUCACUUAGGCUAAUGUGUGUUGCUGGUUGCUUGUUGUAGCUCGCGUGUAAGUACUGUUCAAAGUUACAAAGUCAGCCCUCAUUGCACAAUGAAAAAUCACUGUGAUCUGUACAUAAACCCUAAUAAAACUUUAUUGCUGUUUUAUUUAAUGUAAUAUCUGUCAAAUCUGGAUUCAUUUAAUAAUAAACCUUUAUAUCUUUCCAAA